AUGGAAGGUCGAAGAAGAAUGUCGCAAAUGGGGGAGAUAAAGAAAGGGCCAUGGAAGGCUGAAGAGGACCAAGUUCUGAUGAACCACGUGAGGAAGCACGGGCCCAGGGACUGGAGCUCCAUUCGAUCCAAAGGCCUGUUGAGUCGUACUGGAAAAUCUUGCCGCCUCCGUUGGGUCAACAAGCUCCGACCCGACUUGAAAACUGGGGUGAAGUUUUCGGCCGAGGAGGAAAGAAUAGUGAUUGAACUGCAAGCAGAGUUUGGGAACAAAUGGGCAAGAAUCUCGACCUAUCUGCCUGGAAGAACAGACAACGAUGUGAAGAACUUUUGGAGCAGCAGGCAGAAGAGAUUAGCUAGAAUGCUCCACAACACUCCUAAUACCGUCCCAUCAUCAUCAUCAUCAUCUUCAUCUUCAGCCAAGCCGCGAAAGAACACAGCCGCUCGAUCUCAGCCCCCCAUCUCCUAUCUCGAUAUUCCCUCUCUAGAGGCCCCCAAGUUCAGCUCAUCACCAGAGAAACAACCGAUACCGGCCAGCUCAUCAAUCAUAGCCAACUCAGAGAUGGCGAAAAUGGUGCCUUUUGCUUACCCGGACACACUCAUUUACGAGCCCAACCUUUUUCAACUCGACAAGAAGCCGACAAUAAUCUCUGACGAGCAACAGCAAGUCCAGCCUGAAUUCCCUUUGCCAAUCGAGAGCCAAGAUGACAUCAUCACUCGGCUUGGAGAGCCUAAUUUUCUGAACGAGUUCGAGAACCCGUGUGGGCCCGUGAUGGGCCCAGACAUCAGCUGUUUGAUCGAUGGUUUCCCACCGAUCGACAUAUUUGAUCACAUUCCGAGCCCUUCAGACUGGUCAUGCGCGCAUUUACGAUUCAAUCAACACGCGUGCAAUGCAGGGACACUGACCUUGACUCUGGACGGAUCAAUAACGAUGCCGUUUGAUGUCGCUAUCGUCGGAAUUGUUGGCGGCUGCGCACAAAGCGGUGAGGACGCUUUGGAGGAGCCCAUGAAUACGAUUGGGGUGCACAAAGCGGUGCACAAAGGGUUUGAUCAGUCUCACUUCGCUCUCCACAUCUUGAAAGACUUCCUGUCAACCCUCAAUUUCAACCAUGCAAUGGGUAAGCGCUUCUCCGAUUCUUCUUUUUCGCAUAAUCAGUUGUGUCGCAAGAUCUGCUGUUUAUCAAUUGAGUGA